AUGGGAGAACGGUACGACCCAGGAGCUAAUCGAGAGAUAACGGCCAAAAAUGAUUCGCAAGCCUCGGCAUCCAGUCCUCCGUCUCCACCAUCAAAGAAAGCUAGCCAGGAUCCUGAUCCAUCCUCUUCUUCCAUCCCGCAUUCGUCCAAACCCACCCCGUUACCAAAAUUACAAAUGUUCGUUAUCUGCACUCUACUAUUUAGUGAACCGUUAACAUCGACGGUCUUGUUCCCAUUCAUCUAUUUCAUGUUGAAGGAUUUCCAUUUAUCGGAUGAUGAAAAAGAAAUUGGCGCUUAUGCUGGAUGGAUCACGUCGAUUUUUUUUGUGGCUCAAUUCUGUACGGCGAUUGGUUGGGGCAAAAUAUCUGACCGUUAUGGUCGACGCCCUGUGUUACUCAUCGGUCUAAUUGGCAAUUCCGUUUCAUCGUGUUUGUUUGGCGUAAGCAAAAGUCUUUGGUGGGCGGUUUGCACCCGUGCCUUUUGCGGUAUUGUGAACGGCAAUAAUGGCGUGGCUCGCAGUAUGGUGAGCGAGAUUACAGAUACAUCUAACCGAGCCAAAGCUUUUUCCAUGUUCGGUUUUUGUUGGGGUAUUGGCAUGAUUGGUGGUUACCUGUGUCAACCUGCGCAACAAUUUCCCAACGUAUUUGGCGACUGGCAAUUUUUCAUUGAAUAUCCCUACUUCUUACCCUGCCUUGUAUCGUCUCUCGGUUCGCUUUUCGGAUUUUUUGUUGGAUACUUUUAUCUCAAGGAAUCGAAUCCUGCGGUUCUUGCCCGCCAACGAGCUCACAAGACGAAAAAGUAUGGUGGUUCAGCCGAAGAACACACGGCCUUGUUGGAAGGUCACAAUCAUUGUCACUCCCAUCCUUGCCCUCAAAAGCAAGCUGAAGAACAGGAAGAACAGACUGAUGGCAUUUUUACAUCACUGCGAAAAAUCACACCCGCUUCCAUGGCGUGUAUUGUUGCUUACUCAGCCUACGCAUUUCAUUGUAUGGUGUUUGAUGAGAUUCUGCCACUGUACUUCUCUGCACCUCGCUAUGCAGGUGGAUUAGGGUCCAACUCACGCGAACUGGCGAAAGCAUUGUCUAUCACGGGACUUCAACAGUUGUUUUUCCAAUUCGUACUAUUUCCUCCUCUCAAUCGAGUGUGGAAUACGUUGAUUCUCAGUCGCUUUUCCUUGAUCACUCUCGUCCCUGUGUAUGCUUUGAUGCCUGAAUUGUCCACUCUGCAAGAAUGGUUGUUCGCCCAUAUGACGGACGCGUUUGCGCGACAGUGGACUUUCCGAUUUGCUUACAUGACAUUGCUGUUCAUUCGUUACUCACUCAACUGUAUGGCACUAACCAGUCUGAUCAUCAUGGUCAGUGAGUCGGCCGCCCCGGAAGUCUUGGGUACCGUGAAUGGGUAA